GUAGACUGCAGACCGGAGCAGACAGACCACAUGACACGCGGGACGAACCGCCAGCCUUCAUCAUACACUAGGUCAGUGACCUCUAGUGUGAGAGUGAGAUAACAGUACGAGACUAGACCGGAGCAGAGAGACCACAUGGUCCACAUGACACGCGGGACGAACCGCCAGCCUUCAUCAUACACCAGGUCAGUGCCCUCUAGUGAGAGAGUGAGACAACAGUAGACUGUAGUCCGGAGCAGAGAGACCGCAUAACACGCGGGACGAACCACCAGCCUUCAUCAUACACCAGGUCAGUGACCUCUAGUGACAGAGUGAGACAACAGUAGACUGCAGACCGGAGCAGACAGACCACAUGACACGCGGGACGAACCGCCAGCCUUCAUCAUACACCAGGUCAGUGACCUCUAGUGUGAGAGUGAGAUAACAGUACGAGACUAGACCGGAGCAGAGAGACCACAUGACGCGCGGGACGAACCGCCAGCCUUCAUCAUACACCAGCCAGUACAAAUCCAAGCGUCAGCGGCGCCAUACGUGGAGGUGACGCCAAGUCAGAAAUACCCCGCUGUCAACGUUAUACAUGUCGGUGAAAAUAAUAGGCAACAACAACAACAGAGCAACCAGACUGAAUACAUCAACAUCAACAAACGCAUCCGCCGUAGCGAGGUGGUACUCCGUCAGGCUGCAGACUGCGUCAGCCGGGGCCUCACCUUCCAGACAGUAUCGCACCAGUUCAACAUACCCAUCUCUACUAUACGGUAUGUUUACAACAACAACAAACAACAACAACAGUGAAAUGAUACUGGAUCAGCCGGGGCCUCACCUUCCAGACAGUAUCGCACCAGUUCAACAUACCCAUCUCUACUAUACGAUUCUUUAUGGCGAGAAAAGGGAUUCUACCACAAAGGAGACGCGGACGCAGUACAAUGACCCCACGCCCCUGUUCGAGCCCCGAACCUCCGUACCACAUGCAACACUACAAACUACCCGACAUGGUCGCGCUUCGGGACAGCGAGAACUCCAACGAGUAACACCGCUCACAGAUGGCGCUGUAGUCAAACUGCACAUACUAGCCGUAGCGAGAGCUUCAAGUUACACUACUCGCCCAGAGAUGGCGCGUUGUCAAAAACUAAGCAGUUAUUAGCCUAAAGAGCUGCAGCUAGUAAUGCUGUUCGACAAUAGAGGGAGCUAUAAAAACUACUCUGCAGGUUACGGAGUGUAUGUAAUAUAGUAAAACACCUGGCAGUAUGUAUAGUAUCGUAAUGUACCGGUAUUCUAUUUUUAACUUAUGUGCCAUAUUAUAUGGUAUAUCAGGAAUUAAUAUUAUAAAAAGUGUGGAAGAGUCCAGAAACUGAGCCACUACGAACAGAGCCUGCCUGGUACAGUAAAGUCUUUAUUAGUAGCUCUUUCAUUGCGGCAUUUUGGCAGCUUAGACAGACUAGUAUAAGAAAUAACCGCUGGGUAGAACCUAAUAGAGUUGUAUAUAAGUAUGAAGUGUAGUCAUAACCUUAUAAAGCCUUCCAUACAUCAUUAAAUAAAAACUAACUAGGGCACGAAAAUCAUUGUAUUACCUACAUUGAAUCUUAUGGUAGGCAAUGUAGUUACACACAACACAGAGAUGUCGUUUUAACUAUAAAACUCCCGUGAGACUCAUACAUAUUUAAAAAUAUUUUAAGCGGGUUACUCACGUAUUAAGUCGAUAUAGACACACGCAUACUGACACGCGACAGACAGACGCAUACUGUAUGCGUCGCGCUCUCGACAUGUAAAGGCGGGGUCGCUACUCUUGAGAAAGGUUCUCGAAAUUGAACCGAAACAUGUCGAACGCUAUAUCGACUUAAUAGGUUAGUAACCCGCUUAAAAUAUUUUUAAAUACAGAGAUGUCGCUACUAAACAAAUGAAAUCGUGUCCUUACGAAUCAAUAGAUGGCGCUUUCGUCAAUGUAUUCAAAUUAAAUAAUGGCGUUUGGAGAUAAGUAAUAAAUCUUGUACAUUAUACUGUACAUAUAUAAAGAAAUAGAAAAAUAUAACUGACGCCUAGUAUUUCGAUUAGAAUUAAUCUAAAAUUCUAAACUACUAGUUAUUUAGGAAUACGCCUAAUAGUUUAAAGUGUUACUUUUCAAUUAGUACUUUUUAGACGAGUUAUGCAUGAAAUUCAAUUAUAACUAAACAUUUUUUUUUUAAAUAUUAGAACAUCAGUAUUAUUAAACAGUUAUUUCGAGUUUUUUAUACGUUAUCCUAUUUCCUCGAAGUGCUAAUAUAAAAAAAAGGUUUGUAAAACUUGAUGAUAUAUUAUUUACUAUUAUGAUAGCAGGAAAUUAAAUACAGUAUUAAAAAGGUUAACGUUAUUUUAUCUUUUAAAAAAAUAGGUACAAGCAUAGAGGAAUCAGUAAGGGAAGAGUUGUAAGUGUUGUAACUCCAUACAUCAGUAAAUGCAAGUUAUUUGUAGUGACAUCUGGCGACAAUCACGCGUCAAAUAGCUUAAAUUAUCAGUACCACUACUCGACACUAAGUGCUAACAGUGUUGCGUCUGUCAAACAUGUAAUAUUAAAACCGUUUACAACUUAUAUUACAAGCAGAAGGAAUUGAAAACAGAGUACUGAUUAAUACUAUUGUAAUAUUAGCUAAAAAGUGUUGAGCAUUAGUCUUUUUGUUCGUUGCGACAUCUAUUGACAGACAGCAGUACUGACUGAUAAUUUACGCAAAAUGACGCUAGAUGUCACUGCAAAUAACUUGCAUUUACUGAUGUAUGGAGUUACAACUCUUCCCUUACUUAUUCUUCUAUGGUACAAGAGACAAAUAAGGGAAAUAUAAAUGCCAUGGUGUAAGGUAUGUAGGCAAAUUUGAAAAAGUCGACACUAUCUAUUUUUUCUGAGAUAAACACACUUAAAGUAUAAAUUAUAGGUAUUGUCAUAGUUACGUGAAUUGAAUAUAGAAUCUCAGUAUGAAAUAUAAUCUUAGAUUAAAAGAGCCUGUACUUUAUUAAUGAUAUACAUAAGUUACAGGGUAAACUCGGGUAAUUUUGAUAUAAAUAUUAAAUAAAACUGAUUUACUGUUAUUUUAAGUUACGCGUUAUUAUUCUGGUCCUUUUCGGUGAAGGAAAACAUCGUGAGGAAUCCGGACUAAUUCCAAUAAGGCCUAGUUACCCUAUGGGUUGGAAGGUCAGAUGGCAGUCGCUUUCGUAAAACUAGUGCCUAUGUCAAAUCUUGGGAUUAUUGUCAAAGCGGACCCCAGGCUCCCAUGAGCCGCGGCGAAUGCCGCGAUAACGCAAAGAGGAUGAUGUUAUUGUAGUCAUCAUAAUAACUCUUAUUUAAUUUCUUUUAAUUAUUUUUUUUAUUUAAAGUCUUAUAAAAAUGUACCUAAGGCAU